AUGGAACGCAUAAUCGAAAAUAUAUCGGUGCCUCAAAAUUCAAUCAUGCGUCCUCGUGAUUUACGUUCGUCCAAAAAGAAAAGCGGAUCCUCAUUCUCCCGAGUUUCUGCUGCCAGAGCCUCAUUGGGAGCCACAAGUUACACUUGGAUGGAGGCAGCCGAUCGAUUAGAAUCAGAGACAGCGGAAUCUUCAACAACUUGGCCCAGAAGAAAAAAGGUCACCCUAAUUUCCACUGAUGACCUUAACUUUGAAUAUGAUGAAAGUCUACUCAAAAGAGCUACGCUAGUUCCUUGUAAAGGGCCUUUUAAUCUCAAACAGUCAAGUUUCUUAUUUCAAGGUGUUUUUGAUGGAGUAAUAAAAAGGUAUUGGGGCCUUCGGAUAACUUCCUCUGACCCUUCUGCAAAAAAUCAAAUUCCACUUAGAAACGAUGAAGUGAUUGUGAGAGUUAAUGACCAUAAUUUUAUGAGCAAAUCAAAGAAUGAACUUCUAGUGAUUCUAAUUGAAGCGCUUUCCAAACCUCAAGUUAGCGUUAUUUCAGCUCUAAGACAACAAGAUUUCACUUUUCCAUUCCCAAGCCCCAGUCCCAUUUCUACUGGUGAAAACUCAGCUCAACCUUCCAGUAGGUCGACAACGUCCCCAGUUUCUUAUAUAAAGAAUCUGAAUGCAUUCAACACCCGUUUAAUUGGCCAACGUGUCACUGUUGACCUUCACAAAUUAGCUGACGGUGGCUUCGGAAUAUCUUUUGCCACGCGAGAUACUUGUGUGAAUUCAGAUGGCAUAGAACCAAUUUUUGUCGAACGAAUUAUGCCCAAUGGAGCUGCGAUUCACGACGGUCGAGUCCAGUUUGGUGAUCGAUUGCUGUCUGUAAACGGAACCCAAAUAACUACAUUCAAAGAUGCAAUGAAUGCACUUCGGUCAAUUCCUGUUGGAGAGAAAGCGACCUUGGUAUUCUCCCGACAGGAAGCCGUCGUUACGACAACACCCACCUCAACAGCAAGUCCAGUAGAUUUUCCCGCAGAUCCUUCCUCUAGAAAGGCCUUCAAUUCCACGCCUGAUUUUGCAUUCGAAACUCCACUAUGCCAGAAGAUGGUAAUCAAAAUCCCUGUACCUCAUCCAAAUUCUGGGUCAUCAAGUCUUGGAAUUCGAUUUGAAGCAUGGACUGAACCGAGGAUAAUUCAUGCAUACUCGGAGUACAAUGGGUCAGAUGUAGAUGACAAUUCAAUGGUUGGAGAUACAGAUAACCUGGAGGAGAAUCUCUCUGGUGUCUUUGUCAAGCUGAUUGUGUCUGACGGUCCAGCUAGUAAAAGCAAUCUUCGACCUGGGGAUCAACUUAUUGCUGUAAAUGGACACAGCGUUAUUGGAGCCUCGCUUGUGGAGAUCUCCACUCAACUCAAAUCUUCCCUUCAAAAGGCCCAAGUUAAAAUGGCGCGUCGGGAAAAACAAGUCUUCCUCAAGCUCACAGUCUCCCGAUUCUUCCAGCGAUACGAAAACUGUGACUCAGCUUCUAAAGCCAAGUCCAUUCUUCGAUCAACAGCCGACACUUCUUCUGACAAAAUGUCAAAUCAACAAAACCUUGACUCGGAUCGGAAGGUAAAAGUUAAGGAAGAGAGUCCUGAAGAUGACAACUCAACUGAUCUCCCACCAAAAAGAAUGGCUCGAACUCCCUCAUUGGACUCACGAGGUCGAUCCAGGAGAGAUCAGGAGAGUCAAUCGCCAUCUGAUUCACCCGUGCGCUGUCAAUCCGCCUUCACAAGAGACGGUGUGGGACGUAGGAGUGUUUCGGAGAAACGUCAUGCCCACAUGAAUGCCACGAACUUCUCAAUAUUCAAUGAGAAUGUUUUACCACAGCGAAACUUGGGCGAUGAUCAGUCCCGGCUCUACGCCACAAUGCCUUCGUCCAGAAAGAUACGCCAAAUUCGACGUUCCAAGCAGGGGCGUGCAUCAGGCCCAAUUAAGCCCAUCCACAGUGCACAAUCUUCGUCGAAAUCCUCAGAACCAUCAGAAGUGGAAACAUGUUUCGAAGAGCCCAUCACUUCCGUAGAUAAGACUAAGAAAAGUACUAAUGACGUUUUACGAACCGAUGAAAUUAAUGAACACGGUACGCAAACAGAUAAAGUUCCUACCCAAGGUCUUUCAAGAUCAAGAUCAUACAAUCACAGCUUCCGAGCAGCAGUAAGUAAACCCACCUCCACUUCUUCAACUGAUCCACCUCCUCCCCCGGUGCCUCCCAAACACUCCUCUGAUGUAACCAAUCCACCAAUUCCCACACGACGACUCAAGGCCACAUCUCCAACUUCUGAUAGCCGAAGGACCGCAAGGGGAGAUCGAUCUCCCCGUCGGUUAUCCAGUCCAGCUCCAUUAUCACCAAUUGUCAAUUCCGAUUCCCCUCCUCCUAGUGAUUUUACUUCCACGACUGCGGCGUCACAACACAAAGCUUUCGAAGACUUCAUGAGCCGUCCAUCAUCGUAA